CACUGGUCAGAGGGGUGUGUCUCUCUCCUGUAGGCGGACGAGGCUUUCAUUUGCGUAGCGAUGAGAAGGUGGAGGGAGACGCAGAGGAUUGAAACCGUGAUUCCAGCCAGAAAUCCGUGAUGUUCCAGGAGCCGGAGGGAGCGGAGGGUCAAGGGCAAGGCUGAGAAGGAGGUGCUGGGUGUGUGUGUUUGUGCCGAGGCGGUGCCGGAGGUGACGAGCUGGGUUGUUGAUCGGAGAAGUUUCAUCCCAAAGAAGAGGAAGGUGCGCCCGACAUUAACCUGCUGGGGCUGUUGGAGCCGAGCCUGCCCAUUAACUGCAGCCGCCGAGCAAACAUGACAAGCGCCGCGGAAGUGAAGAAAUUCCGACCGAGGGAGAGUAUCUCGUUCUCCAAGCGGCGAGCGUCUGUAUCCUCGGAGAUACUUUGUAAUGAGGUGGGAGAGAGCUCAGCCGACCAUCUGGUCCCCGGCUUGAUGGAAUUGUUGACACAAUUCGCCAAAGCUUUCAGCUACCUUUUCCCCGUCUACCUGACAGGUUAUUUCGGAUUGAGCCUCACCUGGAUCAUCUUCGGGCUCCUCAUUUGGAUCUGGUGGAAGAGGAACAGAGGAUGGAAAUUUGCGCGUUUGCAAGCAGCAUUUCAAUUGCUGGAAGAUGAGAAGUUUGUGGUUACUAAUGAGAUUAAGCAAGAUCUUCCCGCAUGGGUUCAUUUUCCAGAUAUAGAAAGAGUGGAAUGGUUAAACAAGAUUGUUAAACAAGCCUGGCCAUAUUUUGGGAUGUAUUUGGAGAAAUUCUUUAGAGACAGCAUUGAGCCUUCAAUAUGUGGAUCAAGUGUUUGCUUGAAAACCUUUGUCUUUGCAAAACUUAAUUUUGGAGAAAAGGCACCUAAAAUCUCUGGUGUUAAAGUGUAUACUGAGCAAGUGGACAAGCGACAAGUGAUCAUCGAUUUACAAAUUAGCUACAUAGGAGAUUGUGAAAUUAAUGUGGAGGUGAAGAAAGUAUGUAAAGCUGGCUUGAAGGGAAUUCAGCUACACGGUACACUCCGAGUGAUCCUGGAACCUCUCUCCAGUCAGAUGCCCUUAGUUGGAGCUGUGACUUUGUUCUUCAUUCGCCGACCAGUUCUGGAAAUCAACUGGACAGGACUGACCAAUCUACUAGAUAUUCCUGGUCUCAAUGAAUUGUCAGACACAAAGAUUCUUGACACUAUUGCAUCAUACAUGGUCUUGCCUAAUAGGUUCACCUAUCCACUCAUUAACGAUGUCAAUGUUUCUCAGCUAAGGUUUCCUUUACCACACGGUGUGGUGAGAAUUUAUCUAAACAAGGCUGCAGAUUUGAUAAGAAAGGACACAUAUCUUAUGGGCAUGGUCCAAGGAAAAUCUGAUCCAUAUGCUCUUAUUCGAGUUGGCACCCAGACCUUUCGCAGCAAAACAAUCAAAGGAAAUUUAAAUCCUGAAUGGUAUGAAAUCUAUGAGGCUGUAGUUCAUGAGGCCCCUGGUCAAGACUUGGAGGUGGAACUUUUUGAUGAAGAUCCAGAUAAGGAUGACUUCCUUGGCAGCCUCGUUAUAGACCUUGGAAAAGUGAUGACAGACAGAGUUGUGGAUGAGUGGUUUCCUCUGAAUGAUGUGGAACAUGGAAAAGUACAACUAAAGCUUGAAUGGCUAUCCUUGGUCACUGAUCUAGAAAAAGAACCCAUGGAAUAUACAAUGAAGCAGACUCUUCCAGGCCAAUCAAAUGCAUUGCUGGUGGUUUAUUUGGAUAGUGCAUAUCAUCUGCCUAGAAAUCAAUUUGAAUAUACCAACAAUGAGUACAGUGUGAAGAAAAAGAACAAAUCAAACUACAUUAAGUCAACAAAGAGGGCCAACUUAGAACCUAGCUGCUCUGUUCAGCUUGUUGUAGGAAACGACAUACAAGAAAGCAAGAUUUGCCACAAUACCAGUUCACCAAUCUGGGAACAAGCAUUUGUAUUCUUCAUCAAAAAUGUUCAUUCCGAACAGCUAAGCAUAGAGAUCAAAGACAAAGACCGGGAGUGUGCCCUUGGAAUCUUGACUGUUCCUUUCUACCAUUUGUUGAAAGCAUCUGAUAUGACUCUUGACCAAAGGUUUCCGCUGGAACAUUCGGGCCCCAACAGCCUUAUAAAAUUGAAGAUGGUUCUUCGGAUACUCACCUUUGAGGAACCAGAUCCUGACAGUGUCUACACAGGUUUGAAUGCCCUUAAAAAAGGCCCUAUUUCAAUAAAGAAAAAGAAAACUGGAAGCAAGCCUAACACUCCGCCUUCAACACCAAGAUCACCAAAUGUUCCAAAGACAUGUGGUAAUAGUGCAGUAUGUGACCCAAUGGAAAAAGAAGAAAAUAAUCAGCAGUCUAAACACACUGAUGAAAUUAAAUCAGAACUGCCAGCAACUCCAAGACAAUCCAACUCCUCAGAUACCUUACGAAAAGAUAUAACCAGUACUACUUUGGAAUCGUCACUCACCAUUCCUAACAUUGAACCUCAUGACACAGAUGAGCAACUGCAAAAUGGAAUGGCCCUGAAUGAGGAAUCUCUGGGCAAAAUCCAGCUCACAGUGCGUUAUUCUGCCUCUCAUGAGAGCCUGAUUAUAAUUGUUAAUCGUUGCAGAAGCCUGAUAUCCUGUUCAAAGGAUGGAUCAGAUCCAUAUGUACGACUCUACCUUCUUCCUGACAAAAGCUGGUCAGGUCGGAGAAGAACACAAGUCAAGAAGAAGACUGUAGAUCCACAAUAUGAUGAAAAAUUUGAGUUUUCAGUUUCAGUAAAGGAAAUUCCUAAACGAAAAUUAGAUAUCGCUGUAAAGAACAACCGGUCAUUUGGAUCCCAUGAGAGAAAAGAACUUGGAAAGGUAUUGAUUGACAUCCCAAACGAUAACUUAAGCCAAGGUUUUACAGAAUGGUAUGAACUGACCAAUGAUGGAUUGCCAAGAAAAGCAACAAAAAACCUUUAAUGCUAUUCAUCCAGAGGCUCGUUUGAUUUUUUAAAAUUGUUUUGUUUGAAGAAAGAUCUUGUUAUUUUCAUGUUAAAUCACUGAAUACACUUGCAGUUAAUACUUAAAUGUUCUGUUAAAUUUCUUUUAAUGACACGGAAACUCAUUAUAUUAGAGAGAACUGCAUGUAUGCCUAAAUUUCUUAAAACCAAAUGCCCAAGUGUCGAUUCUUUCAUCAAGCCAAGUGCUCUAGUCACAGCCAAUGGUGAGGAAUUUUACAAAUUAAUCUGAAUACAUCGGAAUAGCGAAAGCCUAUUUGAUGAUAUAGGAUUAUAAAUAAACAGUAGGCCCUUGAGCACAUUUUCCCCAUUAAAUUAGAUCAUUGGCUGCUCACCCCCUUGGGCACACUUCUCCAUUCAGUUAGAUCAUAGCAAAUCUGUACUUUAAUUCCAUUUACUUGCCUUUGAUCCAUACCCUUGGCAACCUUACCUUAAAAAAAAAUGUUGAACUCAGUGUUGAAAAUUUCAAUUAACCCAGUACGAAAGCCUUCUGAGGGAGAAUUCUACAUUUGCACUAUUCUGUGGAAUCUGCUUCCAGAUUUCAGCCCUAAAUGGCCUAGCUCUAAUUUUAAGAUUAUGAUGCCUCCUUGUUCCUGCACUAAAAGAAAGUUUUUCUGAAUGCAAACCAUCAAAUCUUUUUUAAAGACUUCAACUAAAUCAUCACUUAACCUUGCAAAUUGCAUAAAUCAAAGUUUAUGCGACCUAUUCUCAGAUUAGUCCUUGAAGUACCAGUAUUGUCCUAUUCAAUUAGAGUUUGGUUUUAGAAGUACAGUGAUUGUUCAAGGUGCAGUACCCAAAGCUGUGCACAAUACUAAAUAUGAGGACCAAUCAAGGCUCUGUACAACUGAAACAUAACUUAUUUUAUCUAAUUGAGGUGUUACAAAUGAUUUGAUCGACAUAAAGGGACGGAGAUCAAAACCAGAUAAAUUGAGCUGAAGUACAAAUCAGCCAUAACCCAACUGAAUGGUAGAACAGGCUUGAGGGACUGAAUGGCCUGUUCUGUUACAUUCUAUCCCACUUAAAAUCAAGGCCAACAUUCCAUUAGCCUUUUUGUACCCAUGCAGUAGUUUUAGUAAUGUGUACGUGGACCCAGAUACCACCCCCCCCCCACCCCAAGUUUUGUCUCUCUCACUCUUGAGAAAAUAUUCUGACUUGUCUUGCCAAGCCUGCAAAAUCGCACUUUUAGAAGAAAAUUGAGAAAACUCAUAGCUUAGUUGCAUGUGCGAUAACUGAAUCUCAUUAUGGCUUUCAUGCUUACUUGUACUGAGUUCAUUAGUACUCUUCAGAUUACUGCUCAGUUCAAUACUAUUCAAAUGUUUCCUUGUAUUUAAAGUUCUGAAAGAACAAUGUUAAAAAUCUUGAAGUCAGCUUGAAAUAUAUUUUCUAGACACAAGAUUGUUCAAUUUGUACAAGUACACUGGAUAAAUUCUGUUUGUGUGUUAAUUUUAAUGUAUAUUUUUACCAGAUUCUAUUUAACUUUUGCUUUUAGUUUAGUCAGUUUUUAUUUUUAUGCACAUUUCUUGGCCAAAAAGCCAACUUUAUACUAGGUACUUUUAAUUUUGGGGCUUAAAUAAUUUGGUAUCAAAAUAGUGAGUCAUGUUCAUGAUUCACAUGAAUUGGUUAUUAUUAAAAAUUUUUAAAAGAACAGAUUGCAACAUUUUUAAUUGUUGUAAGAAUUAGCCAAAUAUUGCCAGUUAACACUUACAUUAAGGAAAACAGGUCUAUUUUUAUCAAGUGUUUAUAUUUGUAAAUGUCAUGUGAUGUUGGUUAGUGUACAAUGCUUUAAGGAAAAUGCUCAUGAACAGAGCAUAGCUACUGAAUUAUGAUUUGCUAUUUUUUAGCAGUUGUAAAUAAAAUUGAUUUCAUAUGAA